GGCCAAACGGGAGUCAGUCAGGAGGGAGACGUCACUGGGUGAGGUUGUCGCCGCUGCUCCGCCGCGACCCGCCCACACGCUACAGCUGUUGACGUGUUGCUGCGCACAGACCGCCGCGCCGCGCAGACACUCACUCACCGAAGCGUGUGCCGGCUACUCCGACUCCGGCGUGGGCUGCAGCGACUUGAACACGUGUCCCAGUGGCUCUAGUGCGUGUCCCAGUGACUCGAGCGCGUGGUUUAAAUGACUUUGGCGUGGUUUCAAUGACCCUGGCGUGUGUUUCAGUGACUCUGGGUGACCUCUGACUCAAGCGUGUGUUUAAGAGACUCUAGCGUGUGGUGAAGUGACCCUAGGACGUGUCAAUGACUCUAGCGUGUGUUUCAGUGACUCUGGGUGACCUCUGACUCAAGCGUGUGUUUAAGUGACUCUAGCGUGUGUGUCAGUGACUCUGGGUGACUUUUGACUCUAGCGUGUGGUUAAAUGACUCUAGCGUGUGUUUCACCGUCUCAGGCUCAAUACCGCUGGUCGCCAUGACGCAGCCCUGAGCCACAGACCCUUGUAGAGCUGGCGGAAGAGCCGGACAGAGCCACGGACUAGUGUACAUGACGAGUUCAAGAGCCAUAGGACUGUGUGUUAGCCUUAUAGAGCCACACAGAGCCACGUAGAGCCAAGUAAAGCCACACAGAGCCGCGUAGAGCCAAGCAAAGCCAUAUUGAGCCAAAUUGAACUACAAAGAGCCACAUAGAGCCAUACAGAGCCAAGCAAAGUCACACAGAGCCAAGUUGAGGCACUCUGAGUCAUAUAGAGAUAGAAAGAGUUACACUGAGCUAAAGAGAGCCAGAGAGAGCUACUGAAGAGCCAAACAACAACAGAGAGCAACUUUAGAGCCAUGUAGAGCAACUUAAGAGCCAAAUAGAGCAAGAGCGAGAAACUUAAGAGCCAAAUAGAGCAAGGGAGAGCAAGGUCAGAGCCAAUUAGAGCAAGAGAGAGCAAGUUCAGAGCCAAAUAGAGCAAGUUCAGAGCCAAAUAGAGCAAGAAAGAGCAAGUUCAGAGCCAAUUAGAGCCAGACAGAGCAACUCAAGAGCCAAGUAGAGCAAGAGUGUGGUGAAAGUUCAGAGCCAAAUAGAGCAACUUAAGCGUCAAAUAGAGCAAAGAGAGAGCAACUCAAGAGCCAAAUAGAGCCAGAUAAAUCAACUUUAGAGCCAAAUAGAGCAACGUAAGAGCCACAUAGAGCCAGAAAGAGCAACUCAAGAGCCAAGUAGAGCCAGAUAAAUUAACUUUAGAGCCACAUAGAGCAACUUAAGAGCCGAACAGGGCUAGAUAAAUCAACUUUAGAGCCAGACAGAGCAACUUAGAGCCACAUAGAGCAACUUAAGAGCCGAAUAGGGCUAGAUAAAUCAACUUUAGAGCCAGACAGAGCAACUUAGAGCCACAUAGAGCAACUUAAGAGCCAUAUAGAGCCAGAGAAAUCAACUUUAGAGCCAGACAGAACAACUUUAGUCACAUAGAACAACUUAAGAUCCACACAGAGCCAGAGAAAUCAACUUUAGAGCCAGACAGAGCAACUUUAGAGCCACACAGAGCAACUUAGAGCCACACAGAGCAACUUAAGAGCCACAUAGAGCCAGAGAAAUCAACUUUAGAGCCACAUAGAGCAACCUAAGAGCCACAUAGAGCUACGGAGAGCCAGUCCAAUCGCAGACCAGCCUCAGACCCUUCCCUACCUGUGCCUCUCAAGACCAUUCCCACGUAGACCAAAAUAACUGGAAAUAACAAACAUACGAACACAAGAGACCAUGGGACGAUGAGACCACUUCCCCAACCCAGACCAGCCUCAGACCACGUCCAGACCAACUGUUGAGACCAUCACAAGUGCCGUCAGGGUCUUCUACAAGCAUAAAGAAAAGGGCAAAACGAGAGUCAAGACCUAUUUAAGACCAGGUCUCAUACUAAAGCGGCCUCAGACCACUCCCAGACCAGCUGUUGAGACCAUUACAAGUGCCUUCAGGGUCUUGUGGAGGUCUAAAGAAAAGGAAGGAAGUGUGGAAAGCAGGAAAAACAGAUCAUAAAGAGGCAAGACCAGAGUAAGACCAAGGCCCUCCCUCAGACCAAUCUUACGAGUGUCUUCAGAAAGUUCCCAAAGCCAACAGAAAGGGAAAGGAAGGAAAGGAAAGAAGGAAGAAAAGGAAGAAAGGAAAAGAAGGAAGGAAGGAAGAAAAGAAGGAAGGAACGAACAAAGGAAGAAAGGAAGGAAGGAGGAAGAAAGGAAGGUCUAACUUGGACUGACAUGAACCUGAGAUAGACCUUACAAUAAACAAUCACACACCAGCCUUAGUCCAGCCUUAGACCAAAUCAGCCCCACUAAAGCCUUAGACCCAAGUGCCUGAAGCCUUACAGAAGCCCAGCCAAGCACAAUCAAGCCCUAAAGUCCAGUACUUGAAGAUUAAGCCCACAGAAGAAGCCUUAGACCAGCCUUAGACCAAAUCAGCCUCACCUAAGCCUUAGAUCAAGUACAAAAGCCUUAAGGAAGCAAACUGAAGCCCAUUGAAGCCUCGAACCAGGGACUUUGAAGCUUUAGACCGCAAGAAAAGACUCAGACCAAACUCAGACACCAGACCAUUUUCACUGAAGCAUAAGAGCUGAGUUUCUGAAGCCUUAAGAAGCCCAUUGAAGAUUUAAAUAAGAGAAUUCGAAGCCUUAUACCACAAAAAAGACCCAGACCAAACUCAGACCAAGACCUUUCUUACUGAAGCCUAAACGAGACCCACUCAAGCCCACUCAAGCCUUAAGAAACGUCCCCAAAGCCCACUGAAGCCUUAAAUAAGAGACCUGAAAGCCUUAGACCAUAAAAAAAGAGCUUCAGACCAAGACCAUUCCCGUACCAGCUUCACUAAAGUCCACGAAGCUCUGAAUCAAGCGUAGGGAAGCUCAUUGCCGCCUCGAAUUUGAAGCCUCAGACCCCAAGACCGCAAGAUCACCAGCCAGACCAACUUCCCCGAGGGUCUGAUUUUGGGUCUCAAGAUGCUGCUGAUGAUGCUGAUGAUCCUCUUGGGCUGUCUAGUUUCUUUCUCCACGGCACAAGUGAAUGAUUUUGGCCACGUGUUAGGCGCGGGCCCGAGCGGGGGGUCGCCGUGGAGCACCGGGGACAACGACUAUUACUACGACAGCCUCAACCCCGCCCACUCCCUGCCCGUCAUCACCACGCGGUCCCAGCACCUCCUCGCCAACCAGGGAGAGGACGUGCUGCUGCCAUGCACCGUCAAGAACCUCGGAGAGUACAGCUUGGUCUGGAGGCGAGGGGGGCAAAUCCUGUGGCUGCUGCAGGAGAAACCCGAAGGAGCGUUGGAACAGGCUGUGACCAGGGACGACCGCUUCAGCCUCAACGGGACGAACCUCACCCUGCAGGACGCCGGGGCAGGAGACGGGGGAAUCUACACGUGCGAGCUGUCCACGCAGCCGCUGAUCACCGUCAACCACACCCUGAGCAUGCGAGUGCCGCCCACCGUGUACCCGGGCAAGAACCGCACCAUGGUGACCGUCAAGAUGGGUAGCUCCGUCAAUCUCGCCUGCCACGCCCAAGGAAGCCCCGAGCCGACCGUGACCUGGAGCGUGAAGGGCCGUAACCUCACGCGGCGCACUUCAGGCAACGAGCUCCUGGUGACGAAGGCGCAGCCGGAGGACAACGGGGUCUACACGUGCACGGCUACCAACGGCGCCGCCACCAACGCCUCCACCACCAUCACCCUGCAAGUCAUGUACCCUCCCAAGGUGCAGGUCGAGAAUGAGGAGGUCUUUACAGGCGUGACCUACCCCGCGACCUUGGCCUGCUUCGUGGAGGCUGAACCGAGAGCGCGGGUCAGCUGGUAUCGAACUGGGGACAUACCCGUUGAUCCCAUGCGCCUAGCGAAGAGCGUGACAGCCAACGGGAUGUACACGCUUCACUUCAAUGUGGUAACACUGGAAGACUUCGGCGUGUACACCUGCAACGCUACCAACUACAUGGGCAACGCCUCCGCCGUGCUCAGCCUCACGGGGCGACCCAGGCCCGUCAGGUACUUCAGCCCCCCGCACGGCGACGACAACACGACCUACACCCUGAUCUGGGACGUGGAGAGCUACGCGCCGGUGCUGGCCUACUCCAUCAACUACGGGAACGCGAGCGACCCCGUGGAUCAGUGGGUCAACUUCACCGUCCCCGGCACCUCCUCCUCCUCCACGCUGCACUCCAGCAGCCACACCUUCGAGAACCUGCAGCCCGCCGCCGCCUACCACGUCCAGGUGACCGCCACGAAUGAGUUUGGCGAGAGCGACGUGAACGAGACCUUUAGAUUCUCCACGCUGACCCCAGGGUUGCCGCGGAAGGGGGUGCAGCUCCCCCCGCCACGCCCCAGCCCACCCCCAAGCCUCCUACCCCCAGCCGUGGUUUCAGAGACAGAUGAAGAGGUUGAGGUCGCCCCCCCGGAGGCCACCCCUACCCUGUGCAUCGAUCCUACCCCCGGGGAAGGGCCGGCCCCCCAGCAGGAGCUCUCUUCCUCCUCCCCAGUGGUCAUCAGUGACGGGGGGGCGGCAGCAGAGUCCUCAGCAUCGGCACAGGACUCCUCGGGGGCGCCUCCUACGCUGACGCCCUUUGAACGCAGGACCCAGAUGGGGGCGUUCCUUACAGCGAUCAUCCUGUCCUGUUUUUUCUGAUAAUCUGCUAUGAGGCUGUGAGCAGAAUCGUGUUCAUCCCCGGCCUGGAGAUGUACCUUGCGAGAGACGUGGGCGACGCGGACUACCAGUGAGGGGCGGAGGGGACCAUCCUACACACAGGACCACUAGCCCCCCACCGUGCCAGAGGGCCUCGUGCUUGGGACCUCCUACACCAGGGGCGAGACCCAUGGCGCGGCGGGCCUGUGUCUGGGAGCAUGUUACACCAGGCACGAGACCUGAGCUACUGCCGGGUCCUGUGCCUGGCUUAUGUACGGUCUGCAGGCAAUAGAUGAAGGAAGGGAAGCUGAAAGAGAUUGAUAUGCUGUUUUGUGACUUAGAAGGAUGAGAAGAGAGAAUAUAGGAAUUUAACAACAAGUAUGUCAGUUUAUCUGCUUUUCUGUCCACACUCAGGCAUUAGAAGAAGGAAGGGAAGUUGAAAGAGGUUGACAAGAUGCUGUUUUGGGUUUGUUUUGUGACUUAGAAGGAUGUGAAGAAAGAAUAUAGGAGUUUAACAGCAAGUAUGUCAGUAAAUCUGCUUUUCUGUCCACACUCAGGCAAUGGAAGAAGGAAGGGAAGUUGAAAGAGGUUGACAAGAUGCUGUAUUGAGUUUGUUUUGUGUCAUAGAAGGAUGGAAAGACAGGAUAAGAAGUGAAGUCUGUGGAAUUUGGGUUCGAUAGUUAAUUACCAAAACAAAACAAAAAACAACAACUGCUACAAAAAAAAAGAAAAACGACGCUAACUUGAGGGUGUUGCCAGGUGUAUGUACCAGUCAGGUGUUAUCCAGUCUUUUAAUUAAUCAUGGAUAUUAAAUAGUUAAUUAGUAAGAUAGAUGGUUAGAUAGUGAGAUAGAUAGUAAGAUACUUAGUAGAUAGUUAGUUAGAGUGGUUUAGAUAGUUGGAUAGUUAGAAAAAAAGUAGUUGGUAAAGUAAUUCAUAACACCAUCGACAUACAAGCUGUUUCAUCUAUUGUCGUAAAUAAUGUAAUGCGAGAAAUAGCAUUGGAAGGUAAAAUUAAGGUUUCCGAAUGUAUAAAUUGGUCACAAAACGUAUUAUUAUUAUCAUUAUUAUUAUUAUUAUUAUUAUUAUUAUUAUUAUUGUUAUUAUUAUUAUUAUUAUUAUAUUGAAGGAUUCUCAGAAGUUAUCCUUGCAUGCCACUGUACAGAGCUCUCCCUCCCGUCACCUCCCUCCUCCUCCUCCUCCUCCUCCUCCUCCUCCUCCUCCUCCUCCACCUCCUCCUCCUCCUCCUCCUCCUCCUCCACCUCCUCCUCCUCCUCCUCCUCAGGUCGAGAAUAUGAUGAUGACUCUCUCACAACUCACAUAGCAGGUGAUGACUACUACUACUACUACUACUACUAUUACAACUAUUAUUACUAUUACUUUUGCUCCUCAUCUUCUUCCACUUACUACUACUACUACUACUACUACUACUACCACUUUUGCUCCUCAUCUUCUUCCAUCUACCGUACUACUACUACUACUACUACUACUACUACUACUACUACUACUACUACUAUUCGAUUCCCUUUCCAUACAAUGUUGUGAAUAUUUUUUCCCUUCCACAAGUUAUACAUUUCCUUAUAUAGAUAAAAACUCUUGACAAUAAAGGAUGUAAUAUAGUCGUGGUAAGGCUCUUUGUUAUCCUUUCACUUAUACUUUCUCUCUCUCUCUCUCUCUCUCUCUCUCUCUCUCUCUCUCUCUCUCUCUCUCUCUCUCUCUCUCUCUAUCUAUCUAUCUAUCUAUCUAUCUAUCUAUCUAUCUAUCUAUCUCAGUAACUACUCAGUGUCUUCUUUCAUUUCCGAUUCAAUUCCUAUUAUUUUACAUUUUUAUUUUAUUUUUCAGACUCUAGUUGUAUAUUUUUUGGUCUUGUAUAAGUGUUGAUCUUGACGAAUAAAGAUUGUAUUGUAAGUCCAUUCAAA